CAUUCAAGAGAUUGGCAAGACGUUAAACUCACCUCUUUAAUUGAAAAGGCUAAACUAAUCUUUAUUCAAUCUGAUAUCUCUGUCGAAGAUGCUUUCAAAACUCUAAUCUCUCACAAUUUAACCUCAUUGCCUGUCGAAUCCUUUAAAGACGACAUUAACUGCACUACUUUUGACUACACUGAUUUAAAUAACUAUUUAUUAGUCGUCUUGGGCAAAUUAAAAUUCACUCAAUCAGAUAUCGACCAAAUUAAUUUGAACAACAAAUUCAACUCUCAAAAUCACAUUACCGACUUCAUUACAAUGGAUAUAAUCAAACAAGCUCAAAGAGGUGACCAAAUCCCAAUCAAAUACGUCUGCCAACUAUCUCCUAAAAACCCCUUUAUAAAAUUAAAUGAAGACACUCAAACUCUUUCUGAUGUAGUUGAAGUAUUAGGCUCCGGUGUUCAUAGAGUAGCAAUAGUAAAUUCAGAUCCAAAAAACCCAAGGAUAACUGGUAUUCUAUCUCAAAGAAGACUAAUCAAAUACUUGUUUGACAAUUCAAAACACUUUCCAUCGUUGGAAACCCUUUGGUCGAUGACUCUAAACGAAUUGAACAUUGGCUCAAACUUUGUUAUAUCUAUUUAUGGCGACCAACCUUUAAUCGACGCUUUAAUUAAAAUGAACUCUGACAAAAUCUCCUCAAUAGCCGUUGUUGAUAGAAACAACAAUCUUCUAGGUAACAUCUCUGUAACUGAUGUCAAACACGUAACAAUGGGCUCUCAAACAAGAUUACUAUACAAGUCUUGUCUACAUUUCAUCUCAGUUAUCCUCAAUUCAAGAGGUUUGGAAGAUGGUAAGGACUCGUACCCAGUUUUCCAUGUAAAUAAAUCAACCUCCUUUGGCAGAACUAUUGCCAAAUUGGUAGCAACAAAAGCUCAUCGUCUCUGGAUUGUUCAACCAAAAACUCACUCGCCUUCCUUCUCAUCCUCCUCUUCCGUUACUGCUCAAAACACUAUAAUAAACUCAUCUUUAUCCUCUCCAAUUCCAAUUAAACCUUCAUCUGCUAGCUCAAAAUCACCAACUCCCUCUCCUUCUUCUACUCCAAACCCAGGCAAAUCUGGUAAAUUAAUCGGUGUCGUCUCUGUAACAGAUAUCCUUGGUUUAUUAGCUAGAGUCUCCUCAAAUAAAUUCAUCGAUCCGACUGCUGCUAGAAGACAAAGA